GCUAGAUGCUAGGCACCGGCUGGCAUUUUAACUGUCAAAGCCUUUAAGUUUAAAAAAUAACUGUUUUUGUUUAAAAAAAGAAGACGUUUUGCCGGGUUGACAGUAUGGAGUCCAGUAACUUUGGUCGAUUAAAUUUGAAAGACUUCAAGUGGGUGAAUGAACCCAAAGAAUGGAAAGUCAAUGGAGAUGUUCUGGAAGUUACGACAGAUGAAGAAGGUGACUAUUGGCAGGGGACUUGGUAUAAUUUCUAUCACAAUUCUGGUCAUAUAUAUGGAGUCGAGAUCAGGGAUGAUUUUUCUUUUACGGCAUGUAUCGAAGGUGAAUACAUCAAACUGUACGAUCAAGCUGGCUUGAUGAUAUACCAGGAUGAGAAGCACUGGCUGAAGGCAGGCAUAGAGUACAACGACGACCAGCCGAUGAUCAGCAGUGUCCUUACGAACGAACUCUCGGAUUGGGGGACAGGUGUAUUUACAGGGAACGCAAAGAAAUAUUAUCUACGAGUGACUAGAAAAGGCGACGUGGUUUGCGUUAAGUACUCCACAGAUAACAAAUUGUGGUUGCUACUUAGAUUAUGUCCGAUGAAUUUUAAUGGCAAGCCUUGUUUUAUUGGACUAUUCUGCUGUACUCCAUUACGAAAAGGCCUGAAAGUGAAAUUCAGUGAAAUGUCUCUAUCUGUACCGGCUGAGGACAUAUUGCAUUCAAACUAAUAUUUGAUCGUCAAUUUAAUAUUGGAAACUUGGUUUGUCAAAAACAAAAAUCAUGUUUUAAUUUUAUCAUUUUAUUUCUUCUAUUCACACUGCCAUGUGCGCUGUUAAUAUUUAAGAAUAAAAACGACCAAUAAAACAAUAAUUCUAUAAAA